CUCCGCCGGAACCGCAGGGGCCUAGGCUCCCCGCGGGCCACGCCCCCCAGCCCCUCCGGGGGCUCACGCGCAACGGAGGGGUGGAGUCAACCUCGUGACCUUUCACCCCAGCAUGGCUGCGCCCGUGGGACCGGUGAAGUUCUGGCGACCGGGUACCGAGGGACCAGGUGUCAGCAUCUCUGAGGAGAGACAGAGUCUAGCUGAAAACUCUGCAACAACCGUCGUCUACAAUCCCUACGCUGCCCUUUCUAUCGAGCAGCAGAGGCAGAAGCUGCCCGUGUUCAAGCUUAGGAAUCAUAUAUUAUACUUGGUAGAAAACUAUCAGACAGUGGUGAUUGUUGGAGAGACGGGAUGUGGGAAAAGCACACAGAUCCCACAAUACCUUGCAGAAGCGGGCUGGACCGCCGAAGGACGAGUGGUGGGAGUGACCCAGCCUCGAAGAGUGGCUGCCGUUACAGUUGCCGGGAGAGUAGCUGAGGAAAGGGGUGCGGUGCUGGGCCACGAGGUGGGCUACUGCAUCCGCUUUGACGACUGCACCGACCCGCUGGCCACGAGAAUCAAGUUCCUGACUGAUGGAAUGUUGGUCAGGGAAAUGAUGGUUGAUCCAUUGUUAACAAAAUAUAGUGCCAUCAUGCUGGAUGAAGCCCACGAGAGGACCUUGUACACAGACAUUGCCAUUGGCUUGCUGAAAAAGAUUCAGAGAAAGCGAGGGGAUCUUCGAUUAAUUGUAGCUUCAGCCACUCUGGAUGCAGAGAAAUUUCAGGAUUUCUUUAAUCAGAAUGAAACCAAUGACCCAACGAGGGAUACUUGUGUGAUCCUUACAGUAGAAGGGCGAACAUUCCCAGUGGAUAUCUUUUAUCUACAAAGUCCUGUUCCAGAUUAUAUAAAAUCAACUGUAGAAACUGUGAUGAAAAUUCACCAGACAGAGGGAGAUGGAGACAUACUAGCAUUUCUGACUGGCCAGGAAGAGGUGGAAACUGUCGUGUCUAUGCUGAUCGAGCAGGCUCGGGCGCUAGGUCGAACUGGGAUGAAGAGACACCUCCGGGUUCUCCCCAUGUAUGCUGGACUGCCUUCCUUUGAGCAAAUGAAGGUGUUUGAAAGGGUGUCCCGCAGCGUCCGAAAGGUGAUAGUGGCCACCAAUGUGGCCGAAACCUCCAUUACAAUCAGCGGGAUUGUGUAUGUGAUCGACUGUGGCUUUGUGAAACUCCGAGCCUACAAUCCCAGGACGGCCAUUGAGUGCUUGGUGGUGGUUCCGGUGUCCCAGGCGUCAGCUAACCAGCGCGCGGGACGUGGUGGCCGCAGCCGCUCUGGAAAAUGUUACCGCCUUUAUACAGAGGAGGCCUUUGACAAGCUGCCUCAGAGUACCGUCCCUGAGAUGCAGCGCAGCAAUCUGGCGCCUGUCAUCCUCCAGCUGAAAGCACUCGGAAUCGACAAUGUCCUCAGGUUCCACUUCAUGUCGCCCCCCCCAGCCCAGUCGAUGGUUCAAGCGUUGGAGUUACUCUAUGCUCUGGGAGGUCUGGACAAAGACUGUCGCCUAACUGAACCUCUUGGCAUGAGAAUCGCAGAGUUUCCUUUGAACCCCAUGUUUGCAAAAAUGCUGCUUGAAUCAGGAAAUUUUGGCUGUUCUCAGGAAAUUCUAAGCAUUGCAGCCAUGAUGCAAAUCCAGAAUAUCUUUGUGGUCCCCUCAAACCAGAAGUCUCAGGCAAUUCGAGUGCACCGAAAAUUUGCUGUGGAAGAGGGUGAUCAUCUCACGAUGCUCAACGUGUAUGAAGCGUUUAUCAAACACAAUAAAAACUCUCAGUGGUGUCAGGAGCAUUUCCUGAAUUACAAGGGUCUUGUCAGAGCGGCGACAGUGCGAGAGCAGUUGAAGAAGCUUCUUGUCAAGUUUCAAGUGCCCAAGAAAUCUAGCGAAGGUGAUCCAGAUCCAGUCCUGAGGUGCAUUGUUUCAGGAUUCUUUGCGAACGCAGCAAGAUUUCAUUCUACUGGAGCUUACAGAGACCUGUGGGACCUUGUGGCCAUAGUUGCUCUCUGGAUGUUGGGAAGUGUUUCUUCGUGUGCUGGAUGUGCCGCCUGCCACAGACCGAAGCCUGUUUCAUCCAGUUCCACUUUCUGGGCAGAAAAUCCCUGGUCUUCCAUGCCCUCCUAGUAACCUCAAGACUUUGCCUUGUUCUGGUCCAGAGUGUCACCUGAGCCUGUUCAAAAGUGUAUCUGUUCUUUUCAUAUGGGAGCUGUCCAAAGGCUUCCUCCCCAGCUUUUCUUUGCAUUUUCUCCAUAUAUUAUUUUGUCAUUAGCCUUUUCCCCUCCAAGAAUAAUACGUUCCUAUUUUCUGAGGGGAAGUCGGCUUCAUGGUCAGUCAGUCCCUUUGAGGCAGAAGUUCAGUGUUGAUCAACUCAGGCCACCUGGUGGCACAGCCAGGACCCUGGGGCACUGGUCUAUCACAGAGCUGGAGAUGAGCUCCAUCAUGGUGCUCGAGGUGCUUCCCUAAUGCACCCACAGCAACACCCCAUAAUUAGGGUUUGGCCAGCAGCAUCCUAAUCUGUUGCUGCUCUCUUGUGAUCUGAGCUUAUCAGUAGUUGUGUGCUGGGUAAUUAUUUUUUGAAUUAAAUUGAAUCAAAUCUGAGUUGACAUUUGGAAUAUUAUCUUAGAGAAAUGGAUAGUCCAAUACGGAGCUUCCUUUUUCCCCUAUUAUUAUAUCCCCCAUAGCCUUUAUCUUUACUAUUUAAUUUUGUUUAAUAGGAAAGUGUGUACAGGUAACUUUAUGUAUUAUUUCUGUCCCUAAGGAGAUUAUUUUUUCUUAAUUUUUUAAAAAAAUUAUUUAUUUGACAGAGAUCACAAGUAGGCAGAGAGGCAGGCAGAGAGAGAGGAAGGGAAGCAGGCUCCCUGCUGAGCAGAGAGCCGGAUGUGGGGCUCGAUCCCAGGACCCUGGGAUCAUGAGCUGAAGGCAGAGGCUUUAACCCACUGAGCCACCCAGGCGCCCCUAAGGACAUAGUUUUGAAAGAGAAUAUAUGGAAGAUAAACAUGAACAUGGGCAGAGCAGGGUAUUUUCCAUGUUUCUUUCCUGAAUAGCCACAUGCUGGUCUUUUGUAUGAUUUGUUCUCGACUUCUGGGGUGGCAGUGGGGGAGGGGACAUUGAGGGCACUAGAGGAGAUGGAGAGAAUAGAUUGUUCGAUUGAAGUACCACCAGCGUGCAGUUUUUGAUAACAUGAAACACAUCUGUGGGAGUGUCCCACUCCACGUAUUUCACACUGACUGUGGCUAAAAUUCUUC